AUGAACUGCGCGAGCCUGCUGCUCCUGCUCUGCGUCCUCCUCCUCGCCGCGCUCGGCCCCUUCGCCGCCGCUGCACGCAGAGAACCAACAAUGGCGGCCACCGGCGACCAAGGAGAUAGUGCUCAGGCCAAGCUGGCCUGGAUGGGAAUGGCCCCUGCAAAGGGUCUAAAGCAGAGGGUGAUCAUGAGGAAGCAGGAGAGUACAGACUCUAACCGUUUCAGGACCAGAAAGUUUUCCUCGACUGCCAAGAAUCCAUUCGACGGCCGGUUGCCCUUCACCGCCGAUUACCACAACGUGCGCAGGCACCCGCCCUCGCACAACUAG